AUGCGGGCAUUGUCAAUCGUGAUUGUGGGCGUUUCCAACUCGGUUCUCUUACUGAAGACCAGUUUAAAUGCCUUUAUCUGCGGCCUCCAGUCCUCCAAGGAUGCUGAUAUCCGGACACGUCUCCUGUCCAAAGUGCAGCAGAACAACUCUACCGCACUCCACGACCUGGCAGCAGAGCGCCAAACGCUGAUCGACCUCAAGCACGACUCUGCAAUCAUUCAGAACCCUGCUUCAUCGUUCUUAGUUCAUACGGUCUCACCGACCAAAUCGCAUCCUGUUACACCGCCCAAGCAAGUGUCCAAGGCGAGAUCUCCGCCAUUUCCUUGUCGAUACUGCGGCGCGUGGCAUUUCCGCCGGGAUUGCACUUUCCGCCAGCAUCUCUGCCAAAGCUGCAAUCAGGUGGGUCACCGUGAUGGCUUCUGCAAGUCGAAACCAGCUUCUGGAAGCAAACCGGCCUCCGACACUUCUAGUUCAAGGCACCGUUUCCGGCCAAAACGCAAGUCCAAACACCAGUCCGUUGAUCAUUCUCUCAGUCUCUUGGCCGCUUUCCAGCUCAAUGCGUCUAGUCGUAGAAAGUUUGUUGACGUUUCGCUCAAUGGUCAUGCAGUUCGCCUAUCGUUGGACCCUGCCUCAGAUAUCACCAUCCUCUCUGAGAGACUCUGGCAGUCCCUUGGCAGUCCCACGAUGCAGCCGACUUCCCAGUCCACCAAAAGCGCGUGCGGUGGUCUCGUACAGCUAAUUGGGCAACUGCAAUGCUGUGUGUCAUUCCACGGUACCAGCAUCACUGUGAUCUGCCGCAUCACCAAGUCUGACCUAAAACUACUUGGUCUCGACUGGAUUGAACAGCUCGGAUUGGCCAAUAUGCCGCUCAGCGUUGUUUGCAGUCAGGUGCAGAUUCCUGUUUUGCUUGCAGACUGA